AUGCUAGAUAUCUCGAGACGGCUGAAAACUGCCGAAGAAUGUGUGGGUUUGCAACAGGACCGUGCUUCAUUGCUGGCAUUGGCACAGAACGGGCAGCUUCAGGAGCUGGAGCGGUGCAGGGGAGUCGAAGUGGACGAGGAUGUCGUAACAGAGCGCACGGUGCGACUGGUGGAAUUGCUCCGUAACGCCGAGGAGGUGCGGCCUCCCAAAGGACUCCCGUGUGAAGGCAAAGUUGUUAGUUUCGACAACGCCCUGGCAUUCCUCCUUCGCUAUGUGCGCUUUCUACGCGAGUUGGGGCCGGAUCUGGCAAGUCCACAAGUGACUUUCCAUUGGACAGCGGAAGAGAACUUCCAGAGCAUUGUAGAGAGCAACCUCCGCGUUCCCAGCGCAGACCCUGCGGGUGUCAAGAAGAAGCAUGGUGCGGCAUUUGGUCGGGGGAUUUACACCUGUCCGGACUACAAGAUGGCCAAGGAGGACUUUUCCUACGGCGCAAGCGCCACCUUCGCCUGUCUGGCCCUGGUCGGGCGGCAGAAGGUCAGGCACCAUGGCAAGGGUCAUGGGCUCUCUGAGAGCCACGGAGCGGAUUUCGACAGCGUCCUCGGCAGGAUGCCUGGCAGGAACUGCGCCACCUGGGUGCUACCUGCUAGCGACCAGAUACUGCCGUGCUUCCUGGUGGAUGAAGUCGCUUUGCCCGCGGCCGUCGCGAAGCUCCGUCAGGCAUUGGCCUUGAUCCGCGAACCCUGGCCGAUCAAGCCGACAUCUCCUCCAAGGGAAGCGCCAGAGGAGGAGCACCGGAAGGAUGCCCCUGCCGAAAAACAGCCUCCUCGCGGCGAUGAGGACGAGCUCCUCCAAGCGCCACGCUGGCGGCGAGGGGACCGCCAGACAAGCUCUCUGGAGCCUGACAGCGGCGAUGCCACUCUGAGACCAUCUGGGGCAGAGGCCAUCUGCAUGCGAAAGUGCUUGAAAGCAACAGGUGGAAAACGCUUUGCGGGAUGA